AUGUCAUCAGAGGAGGAGGGAGCCAUGGGCCCUACAUCGGUGGAAGGAAAUUCGAGCCUGCUCAGCAAAAUUGCAGAGCUCGAACAAGAAAAGGCCGCCAUGGCCCAACAAUUGGAGUGCCAGCUGGCACUCAUAAAACAACUUCAGCAGCAGAUGGCUGAUCUGCAAGCAAUCAACAUGGCCGGGAAGCAGCCGGUGCAACAAGAACAACAGCAGCAGCUACUUAACCAUCAACGGCAUCAACAGCAGCAGCAACGAAAACACCAAAGGCAGGAACAGCAGCAACAGCAACGACAACAACAGCAGCAGCCAGAAGAAGAUGACGGCAUGUGCCUGGAAGUCAUCCUUCAGGAGGAGGAAGGAAACCCCUUCAACUUUGUUCAACGAAGAAAGAAGUCGAAUAGAAAGAAGGUUAGUGCGACUAUUAAUAGAAAAGAUUUGAAGACUUGCAGAGUUACAAAUACAACAAUAAUUCAAGGUGAAUUGUGCGCUUUUGUUGUGGGGACGUAA